AUGGCCUAUCCUCCUUCAUACCGCGAAGUUGCUCCUUCUUUACCGAGCAUCAAGAUUCACGCCGGCGACCGCUUCUCCUCGCGCCACGACAUGUCUUUUGGCCGGAGCAGUGCGAUGCCCAUUCCCGGUAUUGAGCCUCGUCAGCACGUUCCUCCGCCCUUGCCUCCGCCUCCUGAGCCCUUUACCGAUGCUACUCGUCGUGCUGAGGAUCUCAAGAGGGAACGUCGCGGUUACGCCAGCAACUAUGGCAGCAUCAAUUCCUCCUACGCCGACCAACGACCCAGUCUCAAGCGCCGAGACACCGGCAGCACCACUGGUGAUGAAGGGUACGCCAGCUAUGCAUCUACAGACCGCUCCCGCGAGUCCUUUCCUACCGAGUUUGUCGCCCUCCAGCAUAACAAUUUUAGCUUCAAAUCCGCCGCCGACAGCCACUGCGACAGCAUGAAGGCCAAGCUUGAUUGCCUGCGCCCCUUGGAUCGAUCACCCUCCAGCUCCAUGCUCAGCGAUGUAUCUCAUGGAAAUUCUCGCCUGGCCCCGCCUGUCCAUCAGCCUGUGCAGCUUCCCAUCCACAGUCGCGACCGUGGCCUCUCAGACUCGCGUGAGUCUUCAUUUAACUAUCGGCCUUACGAUCGGUCACCCAAGGACGCUUCUGAGUUGGAUUACUCGUCACCUCGAACCCGCUCUCGCCGCAACACGGGCGAUGAAACUAACUCUGUCCAUGCAAGUUACGACUACCUUGCGGCCGAAGAUAUGGACAUGGAGGAGACUAGCUCUUUGAAGCGUCUGCACAUUGACGAAUCCCAUUCGGCUGCUGGUAUCAAGCGCAGAGCCCCCAGCCCGCCCGAUGAGUACGCUGGUCAUGGCCCUCUUGGUGUGGCUGAAGCCAUGCGCCGCCGCGAGGGCGCUCUUCGCUCCAACCCCACUCCCCGGCUCGCUACUAUUCCCCAGGGCUCUUCGCUAUCUGCCACGCCGGCGCUUAUUGGCUCUCGGGCCAACUCGUACUUGUCUACACUUUCGAUUCCUCCUGCCCAGAGCACUGGCAGUGCUUAUAACCACCGUUCUCCUGGCAGCAUCUCCUCCCACGGGGUCUCACCCACCAGCGCUAACUCGCCCUACGUCUCGACCAUGUCACUCAAUAGUAGUCCGCGUGGCUCCAUCUCGCGUGCUUCUCUGCAUAGCAGAGGCCCGUCAGGCAGUAGUCCUCGCAAGGUUGCAGAACCUACCAAGGCAGCAGUAACAAAGUUGCAGGGUUUCUACAUGUGCGAGUGCUGCCCAAAGAAGCCCAAGAAGUUUGACACGCCCGAGGAGCUAGCUGCUCAUGAAGCUGAGAAGCUGUAUGAAUGCAACUAUUGCGGUAACCGUUUCAAGAAUAAGAAUGAAGCGGAGCGCCACCAGAACUCACUCCAUGUUCGACGCCACAGCUGGUCUUGCUCUGCUCUGUCUGGCUAUGAUCGAGCUUUCCAUGAGUCGACUAACCGCCCCGGAGAGGCUGACGUCUGCGGCUACUGCGGUGACGAAUUUGCUCGCACUGGUGUGACGCCUGGCACUGGUGCCCUCAGCGGCGGCGUUGUUCCCAAGCGCCCUACCGACCAAGACUGGGAGGAACGUAUCCGCCACUUGCAAGAGGUGCAUAAGUUUAGGGAAUGCAACUCUUCCAAGAAGUUUUACCGCGCCGACCACUUCCGUCAGCAUCUCAAGCACAGCCAUGCCGGCACAAGUGGCAAAUGGACAAACAUGCUCGAGAAUGCUUGUCUCAUGGACGAGGACCCCGCACAACCCGGAGGCCGAUCUUAA